AUGGCAACCUCUUCAUCAGCUGAAGCUUUAACAGCGAACCCACUCUGGCCACUUGUGCAAACUCUACAUCCCGAUCUAAAAUUUUUCCUCACACCCGAUGUCGAUUUCUCGAAAAAGUCUUGCAAGAAGGAGUUCUUUACUGAUAUCAUGCGGCACUUCAAUAUUAGACCCGAGCUUCGUAAAAGUUCCCUCAAAAAACAAGAGUUAAUCGCGAAUUACAAUGAACACCUUCAGCCCAAUCUUUCCCCCUUCAUUGCGACAAAAACCGCUGCAGCGAUUAACCAAGAGAACUCACAAAAGAAACAAGCGGCCUACUUGAACUUGUCAUGUGCAUCACUCAACGACAUUCGCACGGCUGUUCUCACCCGGAUCAAGUCUUGUUUUGUGCCAUCAACGUUGACCAAAGCUGCGCUAGUCAGACUGUGGAAGCACGUCUUUGAUGGUCCAAACGGUCCUGUAGAAGACGAUCCGCUUCCCGGCAAGAAGCGAGAUGUUCUUAGAUACCAUCUACAAGUCACCUACCCCAACCUCUUCAUCCCUAUUGCUUCUUGCACCGAGCCGAUUUUGCGUGCACUUUACGAACGUUUUAUACACGAAAACAUCGAACUUGAUGCUCAGCUUUGUCCCGGAGUCCACUACUUCAUCAUCGAAAAGGCCUCUGGUGCUAAUCCAAAAGAAGAGGAAACAAGAGUUCAUCCGAAUCUAAACCUGCCCGCUCUCGAUUCGAUAACCAAGAUGUUUAACGGUCGUGCAAAGUCUGAGAAGCUGCGCGUGUGUACCUGUCAAUCCAAGGGUUGUUCAUCUGGCAAGGAUCCUUAUGGGCUAGGACGAAUGAACGAAAAGGGCGUCUUAAUCUCGCAAAUGUCGUAUAAAUCUCAUCAAAAGGCCGACCAGCGAUUGGAGGUUCUCAAACGAGUAUCAGCCCUCAGGCCAGAUAGGAUGACGAUUUUAGACGAAGAUAGUAUUCCAAGCCCACCUUACUUAUCUGGCCGGCCUAAUCUAUCCCCUACUACACCUCGACCCGGCCGUUAUCAAGCCCUUAUGUCUCCUGAUCCACGCUCGAUAGCCAGCCAUUCAAGACUGCCGAAUCAGCCUUCAACUUCAACCAAUCGGCCCAUUACUAGCCGUGCAUCCGCACUAGAUGAGGACUUUAAUAUGGUAGAUGGAACCAGUGAAGUAGUGUCCAUUGAUACCACAUUUCCUGCUCGCAGCUUCUCUCUUCAAACGCGACUUCAUGUUAGCCGAACCGGUCGUUGUUCAUGCCGCUCUGGUAGUCGCCAUGCUGUCAAUAUUUGA